ACAAACCAUCACUUCCACUUGAGUUCUUCUCCGACCAACUGGACAGCCGAGCACCCAGCAACAUGAAACUCUUGUUGAUCUGCGCCCUUGUCGCCGCUGUGGCCGCUGACGUCAGCCACCUGCCCUCCAACCAGUACCUGCCGCCCUCUUACGGCGCCGCCUCCGCUCCGGUGGCCUCCUACUCGGCCCCGGCUGAGUCCAGCUACUCGGUUGCCGCUUCGGCUCCAGCUGUCUCCUACUCUGCUCCCGCUGCCACCUACACCGCUGCCGCUUCUGCUCCGGCCGUGAGCUACUCGGCUCCUGCUCAGAGCUACUCUGCCCCAGCUGCCACCUACACCGCUGCCGCUUCUGCCCCAGCUGUUUCCUACGCCGCUCCUGCCCAGAGCUACUCUGCCCCAGCUGCCACCUACACCGCUGCCGCUUCUGCCCCAGCUGUGUCCUACGCCGCUCCUGCCCAGAGCUACUCUGCCCCAGCUGCCACCUACACCGCUGCCGCUUCGGCCCCAGCUGUGUCCUACGCCGCUCCUGCCCAGAGCUACUCUGCCCCAGCUGCCACCUACACUGCUGCCGCUUCUGCCCCAGCUGUGUCCUACGCCGCUCCUGCCCAGAGCUACUCUGCUCCUGCUGCCACCUACACCGCUGCCGCUUCCGCCCCAGCUGUGUCCUACUCUGCUCCUGCUGCUGAAUACUCUGCCCCUGCUGAGAGCUACGAGACCGCUGCUUCUGCUCCUGCCCACACCUUCUCCGCCAGCGAGGGAUACCGCUACAAGACCCAGCGUCGUCGCGUUGUGCGCCGCCACCGUCGUGAUGUAAGCCACCUGCCAUCCAGCGAGUACCUGCCCCCUGUCCAGGGUGCCGCUUCUGCUCCCAGCUCUGAGUACCUGCCCCCAGCAGCCUCUGCCCCUGCUCCAGUCUACUCUGCUCCUGCUCCCAGCUACACCGCCGCCGCUUCUGCCCCAGCUGUGUCCUACUCGGCUCCUGCUCCCUCUUACACCGCCGCCGCUUCCGCUCCUGCCGUGUCCUACUCUGCCCCCGCUGGGGAGUCCUAUGAGACCGCUGCCUCUGAGCCCGCUCACAGCUUCUCGUCGAACGAUGGAUACCGUUACAAGACCCAGCGUCGUCGCGUUCUGCGCCGCCACCGUCGUGAUGUGAGCCACCUGCCCUCCAACGAGUACCUGCCCCCAGCAGCCUCUGCCCCGGCCCCAGUCUACUCGGCUCCUGCUCCUUCCUACACCGCUGCUGCUUCUGCCCCAGCUGUGUCCUACGCCGCUCCUGCCCAGAGCUACUCUGCUCCCGCUGCCACCUACACCGCUGCCGCUUCCGCCCCAGCUGUGUCCUACGCCGCUCCUGCCCAGAGCUACUCUGCUCCCGCUGCCACCUACUCCGCUGCCGCUUCCGCCCCAGCUGUGUCCUACGCCGCUCCUGCCCAGGGCUACUCUGCCCAGAGCUACUCUGCUCCCGCUGCCACCUACACCGCCGCUGCCUCUGCCCCAGCUGUGUCCUACUCCGCCCCAGCUGCUGAGUACUCUGCCCCCGUAGAGUCUUACGAGACCGCCGCCUCUGCUCCCGCUCACUCCUUCUCCGCCAGCGAGGGAUACCGCUACAAGACCCAGCGUCGUCGCGUCCUCCGCCGUCACCGCUACUAAACGGAUUUGCCGUUGAGGCUCCCAUAAAAACAAACCGGACCAAAUCUCGUUUUUGGCUCCCGGGUUUUUCAGUCACUUGUUACCGAAAAUUGUUAGGGAACGAAAUGAAUAAAAAU